GAACUUGUGUCCCUGCAUCCCUGGGGCCCGGAGCAGCAGGUCCCCCAUCUCCCCCUUCGCAAAGCGAGCAGCCCCGGUCCUGGGCCUGAGUCAUGGCAGCGGAAGCAAGCACAGAAGAAGCAGCUGUCUCCAAAGCCAGAGACGAGGAGAUCCCCCCACAGCUGGCCUUCAACCCUGCCUGCCCUAGCCAGCCGAGUGGCCCCUCAAGGGUGACCCAGCCCAACUUCCUGACUCCAAAAUGCUACCAGAAGAAUUCCCUAUUGAGGAGUGACCUUCUUCUAGAGCUGGGCGCCUAUCACGUGAUCCUUGCCCUGCUGCACUUGGCCCUGGGGAGCUACCUGCUCUGGAACGUCCAGAACCUCCACCUGGUGGUGCUGAAGACUUGGUAUCCAUUCUGGGGGGCCGCCUCUUUCCUCCUCUCGGGCAUGCUGGUGAUUUCUGUACAAAGACUCUCGAAAAAAUUUGUGAUCUCAUGUGGCAUUGCCAAUGCCGUCAGCUUCCUCUGCGCCCUGGCCGGCCUCACGGUCAUUGUCAAGGACCUCUUCCUGGAGAGCCCGUUUCAGUCCCCGAUCUGGAGAACGUACCCCAACAGCACUGUCCACAUCCAGCGGCUGGAGCUGGCCCUGCUCUGCUUCACCUUCCUGGAGCUUGUCCUGCCCACCUCCCUGGCUGCCAUCACCCACGUGGAGCACUAUCAGUCUGUCAAGGGGGACAACUUGUCCCUUGUCCCUGACAUGCCACUGGAGCCCAGGGAGAUGCUCAUGAGCCCACCACCAUCCUAUGAGGAGGCGACAGCCCCCAACUCUGUGGAGGUGACAGCCCCCAACUCUGUGGAAGCGACAGCCCCCAACUCUGUGGAAGCGACAGCCCCCAACUCUGUGGAGGCGACAGCCCCCAACUCUGUGGAGGCGACAGCCCCCAACUCUGUGGAAGCAACAGCCCCCAACUCUGUGGAGGCGACAGCCCCCAACUCUGUGGAAGCGACAGCCCCCAACUCUGUGGAGGUGACAGCCCCCAACUCUGUGGAAGCGACAGCCCCCAACUCUGUGGAGGUGACAGCCCCCAACUCUGUGGAAGCGACAGCCCCCAACUCUGUGGAGGUGACAGCCCCCAACUAUGUGGAAGCGACAGCCCCCAACUCUGUGGAAGCAACAGCCCCCAACUCUGUGGAAGCGACAGCCCCCAGCUCUGAGGAAGAUGCCACUCAGGAUGAGAAGAAGCCAAGGUGA